AAAUGCUGAUAACAAAUUCGGUUUGACAACAAUCAAGAUCAAGAAUCUCGUCAAUAUUAUAUAAUCACUACACAUUGAAACUGACAAAUAGAUGGAAACAAAAUUAUAGGACGUGUGUAUGCUGUUGAACCAAAUUAUAUACAUCGGAAUUACUUUAGAAUACUACUGAUUCAUGUUAAAGAGCAAAAUCUUUCAGAAACUGCAGUAAUUACGGUUACGAGCAACUAGUAUCAUAUAAUUAACUCAUAGAAGAAUAUAGGUAACAUAAAUAGGUAACUAAAGUCGAGCUACUAUUAGGCAAUGAAAAAGUCCUAAACAGCCCCCAGCCCCCCAGCUGUCUGCUAUCAUUUUUCCAAGAAGGUCUAUGUAAAAUUCAGUUUAUUGAAAGAAAAGUGAAACAAACAGAAAUAGAUUAUCAGAAAAUUAGCAAAGACAUAUAAGAUUGCCGAAUGAGCUUACUUGUAAUACUGUGUUCCUCAAUAUAAUAUCAUCAGCCAGGAAUGGAGCGCUGACAAGAUGGCGGUCCACAACACUCUCGAGCACAAGGCUCCCCAGUACAACUAUGCCGACAGCUUCUGGUGUACUUACCUGGUGUCCGUGGUGGCGGCCAGUAUAGCGGAGAUGUUAACCUACCCUCUGGAUCUGACCAAGACUCGGCUGCAGAUCCAAGGGGAGUUGGCAGCCGGCACUAAUGGAGUUUCCCACGCACCAUACCGUGGGAUGUUGAAGACGGCACUUGGUAUUGUCCAGGAAGAAGGAGUCCCCAAGCUUUGGCAAGGAGUGACACCAGCGAUAUACCGACACGUGGUUUACAGUGGCAUUCGUAUUGUCGCCUAUGAAAAGAUGCGUGAUAAUGUACUCAAGAAAGACAGUACAGGAGCAUUUCCUAUUUGGAAAUCAGCAAUUGCUGGGGUUACCUCGGGUGCUCUGGCUCAGUUUAUCGCCAGCCCCACCGAUCUUGUUAAGGUGCAGAUACAAAUGGAAGGCAAACGCCGAUUAAUGGGAAAAGCACCUAGAGUCCAUGGUACAGUCCACGCUUUCCAGAAGAUUGUAAGUGAGGGAGGACUUCGAGGCUUGUGGAAGGGCUCUAUCCCUAACAUGCAGAGGGCAGCUCUUGUCAAUCUCGGAGACCUCACCACAUACGACACUGCCAAGCAGUUUAUAUUGAGUCAUACAUCGCUACCUGAUAGUCAUCUAGUGCACAUACUCUCCAGUGCCUGUGCUGGUUUAGUAGCUGCCACAAUGGGAACCCCUGCUGACGUAGUGAAAACCAGAAUAAUGAAUCAGCCUACAGAUGCACAGGGCCGGGGUGUUCUCUACAAAAGCUCUAUUGACUGCCUGAUGAAGACUGUGCACAACGAGGGAGCCUUUGCGCUCUACAAGGGGUUCCUGCCAGUGUGGAUCAGGAUGGCUCCAUGGUCCCUUACUUUCUGGCUGUCCUUCGAGCAGAUCAGGCACAUGUUGGGUGCCACCGGCUUCUAAACAGGGUCCUCAACCUAGCAAGACUGACUCCCACCACUACCAACUGCCUUUUCCAUACAGUAUUGGAUACUGUAAGAGUUACGAAUGCUUAGCAAAUUAUUUGUCGUAGUGUAGCUCUCAGGGUUUCCUGUUUUGAGUAUAGAUGGUUGUUGUCGAUCAUGAUUGACCUAAACAACAGUUUUUCAGAAAGGAGAGGAUGCACAGUAGUACUGAUAAAUGUAAAUCAUAAAUCAUAACCAUAAGGCCAAGGUUAGUCACAGCAAGAAACCCCUUCGCAUGGGAAAGUUGUGGAAAGGCGUAAAGAAAAAUAAAUAGUAAUUUAGUUUGUUUAGGAACUAAAGGUUGUUUUGUGUUACUCAGAAAGUAAGUAAACUCUACGAACUAUGAGGAGGUGGUAGGUAAGGAACCAGAAUGAUGAGAGGGCUAAUUUAUACUGAAGUUAUUUUCAGUUAGUAGCAUCUGACACUAAUUUUCAGAGGUUUGGAUUAUCACUAUAUGUUUAUCACUAUUUUGUGGAAAAGUACACAAAAUACAUAUUGCUUCCGCAGUUUGAAACAUAUGUUUAAUAAAAUAUCUAUUCCUAGCCAGUCAAAACUUUAGAAGAAUGAGUUGACCUUUUUAUGAGCCAGGCUUGGUAAGAAUUCCUUUGGGACUAAAUGGAGAAAAGAUUUUAAGUAAACUGUCCAUCUUUUCUCCAUUUAGUCCCAAAGGAAUUCUUACCAUUCACCUGGAAUCAUUUUAUCCUUUUCCAAAUGGUCUAAUAAGAUAAUUUCUUAGACACUCUGAACUCAUAGAGGUUGUUGUUGGGGGAUCGUUUGUCUCUACAACCCUAUCAGAGAAAUAGUGGAAGAGGCAAUACAUAGGAGAAAUGAGUUUGUGUUUGGAUGGGAGAUUGGAUUACGAAAGGAGCCAUUCAUAUUGCACCUGCUAUUUUAUUAACUAAACUGGCAUUGGAGGACACUAAAGAGUUCACGUUAUGUCUCAAAUUAACAGCUGACAAUUUUAAUAUUCUUUUGUUUCUGAUAACUCCAAAAAUCUGCAAGACAGACAAUUAACAUGUGUAUUAUAUAUAUUCUUACCAUGAUCAAUUAUUUGUAAAACAUCUGAUUGGAUUAUAGAGAUUAAUUUUAUUUAAUCAGUACUACUGUGGAGUUGUGUUCAUUUUACGUAUAAGCCUGUUCUGAUGCAGGCUGUUAUAUAGUCAUAUGCAAAAGAUUAUCCUGAAAAAUUAAUUGUCAAUUAAAUUAUAUUUGUGGUAGUAAACUUAUUGGUUUAAAGGAUUGGAACUGGCCCUAAACAUAAGCUUGAGUGUUGUAUGAAUACAGCAAAAUCAGUGGAAGAACAUUUUGAUAAGAAUAAGAAUUUUAUUCUGCCAGAAAAUUUUCCACACAAAUACUGUACAUUGGCACGUCAUGACACUCGAUAAAUAGCUUAUAUGACUACUGUAACAUUUUAAUUUAUAGAUUAUUUAAAUUAUUCCAACAUUUUAAUGAAUUGGUGACUACUGCAAAUUCUGUAGAUGAGUGGUUCAAAUAUGACUAUUCCAGUUCUAUGAAAAUAGAUAUUUUCUAACAUAUAGUAUUAAAAUAGUAGACAAUUUACGCUAACAAAUGUUUACAUAGCAUCAGAUGAGAAGUAACAAAAUAUAACAGUCAUGGUAUUUAGGAAUUGAUUGAAAUCGGAAACCCUGUAUUGUAAAUAAGAGUGUUUAAGAUAUGGCUGUUUAAAAGAUUAAAAUAUAGGAUUUAGCAUUUGUUAGUUGUAAGUUAGAUGUACAAAACUGUUGCAUUCUUUUGUACUUACUUUUCUUAUUAACUUUUCUGAGUUCUAGUUUGAGAAUGACAGUGUGUUGCUAAAAUGUAAAUUGCAUUGCUUAAUUUAGUAUUGAUCCUUAAAAUACAUAUUUCUGUCAAGGAUAGUCUUUAAAGAUACAGUUUCACAUCAUGAAUUCUAAAUUUCAAAAUUAAUUUCAAAACAAAAUCACGCUCUUAUAUGUAGGCUAACAACUGCAAGUAACCACUGACUUCAGCGUUCAUCUUCUUUUGAUUAACUCUUGCACCCCAAUGUCUCGACAUUCAUGUUAGUAAUGUGCUGCUCCUGGACAUCCAAAGGGUAGCCCAGAUUUAACCCUUUUAGUGCCAAUGUCCUUAUAUACAGACAUUUGAGAAACUACAGAGAAAUGCCAAUGUCUGUAAAUACUGACGUGAAAACUAAUGAAAAAUGCUUACAUCCGUAUAUACAGACGUUUGAGGUAAAAAUUGUACUGCAAUAAUUUUUUUAUGUAUUUGUUACAUAAAUUUGUUUGCAUAUAAAAAAUCAGAAUAAACCAAAUUACAAGACAAAAGUAUUUAUAGCAAUUUUGUAAGAUUAAUUAGAUGUUGUUUUUAUAUCGCUUAUUAUAAUCAUCGGUACUUUGUAUAUAUAUAUAUAUAUAUAUGUUGAUAUCAGUUAAUAGUCCUGUUAUUCGAUAUAUAUCGAAUAACAGGACUAUUAACUGAUAUCAACAUAUAUAUAAUACUAAAUUAAAGUCACAUGUUCAAAUUAAUAGAAAUAAUUUAAACAAUAAUUAUUUAAUGUAAUAAAUAAUAAAAGAACCAUAACCAUUAAUCAAAUAAAAAAUAAAUAAAUAAAAAAUAAAAAAAAAAGAUAAAGAAUGUCUUAUUUUACCAGGUGAAGUUAGGGCUAAGAAGCCCUCUCUUCAAUUAAAACAGGUGAAAGGAAAAAUGUCAUUUGAAUAAUAAAGAAAACGUAACAAGCAUAUUAUUAAAACCGAUAAAAAACCGUAAAUCAUCUUUUAGUGUUAUUUUGUGUAGUUUUGUAAAAUGUAACUACCCUUCUUAUUGACAGAAGUUACUUACAAAACAAACUUUGUUUAGAAUAUGAAAAUGUGUGUACAGUUGGUGCAGAUGAUUAGGCAUUGUUCAAAUGAAUUACUAUAGGUUGAAUAUAUCUAUGGGUAUAAUAAUUAAAUAUCAAUUCAUAAUUUUGAUUUAAAAACCCGGGUUCACUAACUGUAUUCUACCCAUACUUUUUUAAAAAAAUGCUAUUACUCAUGUGAAACUGAAAAAUAUGUACUGUAGGAAAUUUUUUUAUUUUAAAAAUUAAAUUACUUUUAAAUUCAAGUGUUCAACUUAUUCAUAACUCAAUGAUAGCCUGUGAAUUUUAUUGAGUGUAUUUAGAAAUUUCAUGAGUUUAGAUUGGGCUUACGAGAAAAAGUGAAAAUGUAUGUUUACACAAAUCUUAACAGUUUUGUGGGUAGUAAAAUACUGUUUGGUGUAUGUGUACAAAUUUUAGUACAUAGUACUCUUGUACAUAGUAGUAUCAGUUGUUUUGAGGAAAUUUAUUUUCAAGUUCUAUUUUGUUUAUAAAACUGGAAAAAAUGUUCAAAAACUUUUGGUAAGUACCGUUGUAUAUUUUUUUAAAUAGUAAAGUAGCAAAUAUGCAUAUUUUAUGUAUUUUUAAUUACAUAGUUUAUCUGUAAAAACAGUUAAAAAAUUAAGAGCCUGUCUAAAACAGAUUUGAUUUUACGGAUGUUACAAAAUCACUGAAAUAGGCUUAUAAUUUUUCGGCAGUACCGUGAGAGAAAUCUCUGGCAUUUUUCGGACAAACCUUUUUAUUAGGCUCUGGCACUAAAAGGGUUAAGUAACAUAUCAGUAUUAUAGAUACCCAGUGUAGAGUCAACUAGAAGGGAUAAACCAGUCAGAAGUGAACCCUUCUGGGGUUGGUUGUUUAGUUACGCUAUAUAACUUGUCGCCCUUUGAGCGGCAACAUCCAAUCUAUUGAACAUUGCAUUUUACAGUGGAAAGAACCAACGCCCAAUUUGAAAAUCAUUUGUAUUUUUUCUAUCAAGCACUUUCAUUCAUACAAAUUCAGUAUUUUAAUUACCUAUAAUUUGCCAAAGUGUUGUUUCUUUUUUCAUGUUUGUAGCACAGGUAAAAACAAACAAAGAAAUGUUAUACCUGUAUUGUUUUCUCUCAAUAAAUUAAUUUUAAUUUACAAAACAUUAUUUAUAUAAACUGUACAUAUCUUGUACAGUUUGAAUCAUGAGUUUUGAAGUCAUCAGUGGUUUUGAAAUCAUUUACUCUCCUGAAUUUACACACUUAAUGUUUUAGAAUACUGAAUUAAUCAAAAUUAAUAAAAUCAUGCAAUUAGCCUUGAAGUAUUUUCAACGUGUAAACCUGGUAACUAACAUAAUUUUCAGAAGUUUUUUAGAAGUUUCCAAAUUAUUUGUGUGUCUAGAAAUAGUUCUAGAUCUGCAAAGAGCUUAAUGUCUAGAAAUGUUUGCAUGAGUGAAUAAUUAUUUUUAGAAAGUAUUUUAAAGUAGACCUUUUAAGUAGACCUAUUUGGUUUUGUUAUAUUAGACCUUUUAUGUAGUAAAAGUAUGGUUUAUUCUUUAUCCUGAUUAAAGUUAUCAAAUCUUAUCAAACAUUUCCUGGAGUGCUUGAGUCUCAGAUCUUAGAUUAUUAUUUAAUUUUUAGUCUGGCUAAAAAUAAUCAGUCAUAGUAGUAGAUAAAGAUGGAACAUGUUUUAUCAAGUAACUCAAUAUUUCAGGAGAGUGUAUAAUAUAAUAGUCUUCAAAUACAGCCUUUAGUUUAAGAUAAGCAAAUUUAAAUGUUCAAUGAAAUUUAAAUUAGAUGAUGUCAAAUAUGUUUUUGACAUAUUAGCUCCAAAGAAACAGAAUUUUUAGUUUAUUGGUUAUCCACCUACACCGAAGUUGUCAGCUAAAUGAUGCGGUUGAUGAAUUAUUGUCUUUUGAAUCAUUAAAACAUUACCUCACAGUAACUUUCAAAGACAGUUUUAAUCUUUUUAGAUUUGUAAAAUACUGUUCAAUGAAAAAUUUAAUAAAAUAAUAAUUGUAUUACGUAUUUUGAAACUAAGUAAUGGUCAAUUAUAAUUAAAAUAUAAUAUAUAUUAAUGUAUGUAUAUAACAAACAUAAACUCACACAAAUAUAGUUUGAUAUUUACAUUACAACUUUUACGGGUCACCACUUCACUUUUUUUGACUAAAAACCCAAUAUGCGCACUAAUCAACACAAGUUUAAUAUACCAUAUAACGAAAAACAUAACUAAUAGUUUAAAAUGAUGAAGAGCAUGGCAUUAAUAGUGCUCAUUCACACAUGAAGCCAGCUAAUGAGGUCAUUAAUUCACUGACCAUUACAAGAUUAAAGUGGUGAGAGCAGUGAAAUAAAUUUUAAAUAUAUAAUUCCAGUUCAAUUAUAACUACCAUAUACUGAUCUUGACAAGAUUCAAGAUUCUAAAGAAAAACAUUGGAACAAAUUUAUAUUGUUCUAAUUUUUGUUACAUGAACAUCUUUAAUACUACUACAAAGUGAUUCAUUAAUUUAUGAAAAUCCUUUAAGAAACCAUACAUUUGUAAUUAAUUUUUAAAAUUUAUUUCAUGCUUUUUGGUACAAGUUUUUUUUUCUAAUAGUGGUAAUUGAUAAAUAUUUUCCAUUUGGAAAAUAUUUAUAUUUGGAUCAUCCAAAUUUUGCAAUCCCAUCAAUAUUGGUUUCUUUAUAAAUAUGCGUAGCCUUUUGUCAGGAUUGUAGUAUAUUGGGAAUUGUUGCAACAAAUUUGUAGAUUAAUGUUAAUUGUUUUUUGACUGAAUUGUUUUUUCCAUGUCUAUGUAUCAGUUGCACAAUGUUUUCAUAAAUUUAGGUGUAAACUGUUUCAUUUAUUUGUUAUUGCGUUAUUUUGAUUCUGUAUAAAUAUUGAUUGUUUAAAAUAUUUUAUAGAAAAUACUUAACAUAUUGUUUUCUGUAUUUGUGAAUGGUUAUAUUAUUCACAUAGUACAAAUAAUUUCUAAUUUACAUACAAGAUGAUUUAUGAAAAUGUUUUGAAGUGAAAAUAAAAAACCAUGUUUUAUGUUACCAUUAUAAAAAAUCUUGUUUAGAAAAUAUACAUGUUUGCUAAUUUUGUAGCUCGUAAUAGAUGUGUGAAAAUUGUGUAAAUAUGGUUACAAUUAAUUAAUAAAUCGUGUUUGUUGUUUUA